GCCCAAAGCCUCUGCUCUAUUCCCGACAGCCAGGGCAUCGCCGCCUCCCGUCUCCUGCCAUCACCGCCAACAAUGCAGGCAGCGUCCAAAGCACCCGGCCAGCAGGCCCCAGUCAAGAUUUACAAUGCAGUCUAUUCUUCAGUACAGGUACAGCUUCAGGCUUGUAAUCAUUGCCUUUCUUCUAAUUGCUGACGCGAAACACGCCCGUAUCAAGGUGUACGAGUGCAUGGUACGGGGCAUCGCAGUCAUGCGACGACGUGCCGACUCAUAUGUGAACGCGACACAAAUCCUGAAAGUCGCUGGUGUCGACAAGGGUCGUCGUACAAAGAUUCUCGAGAAGGAGAUUCUCCCUGGGAAGCACGAGAUCGUUCAGGGCGGUUAUGGCAAAUACCAGGGAACUUGGAUCCCUCUAGAACGUGGGCGUGAUAUUGCCACUCAGUAUGGUGUUGCACCACUCCUUGCACCUCUAUUCGAUUUUGUUCCCGUUGCCAAUUCCCUCGGGCCCUCUAUGUCCCAGGGACUACCUAACGCUCCUAGUGCUGCUUCCCCGCGGCCUCUCUCCGCUGCUUCUUCCUUUUCCAGUCUUGGUACACCCUCAAAUCUUGUAGCACCAGGUCUUGCCCCACCACCCAUCAUGCCUGGCUCUGCCUUGCGCUUACUCAAUCAAGGACGCGCUCAAGGCCUCUUUACACCAUCUACUUCCGGUCCGUCCACGAAUCGUCCACCUGGAUACGCUUCACCUGGUCCAUACUAUCAAGGAGGAUAUCCUCAAUCACCGUUCCAAUCUAUGCCCGGCAUUUCGCCCACACCUCCCCCGCAAGGUCAACUCAAUCUCAAACGUACUCGCUCAGAUACUGAUGUUGAUCACAACGCGCCAUCUUCUCAAGGUUUCCCUAUGCUCGCAGCUUCUCCGGACAUUCAGAUGGCCGACAGGUCGCGUCCACCUUCUACAGCACCACUCGUUGACGGCGGUGACCAUCCCUCCCCUACUAAACGUGCUCGUACGGAACCCUCACAUCAAGCCACCGCCCCCUCUUCUCCUGCACUUCGGCCUUCGUCAUCACAACAAUCCCUUCCAGGUGCACCAAAUGGCUUCCCAAGGGCUGACAGUUCUCAAUCGCUCAUAGCUAACGGCAAGCAGCCGGCAAUGCAAUUGGAUAUCGAUCCGCACAGUGUACGCUUUGCAUCAAAGCCUUCAAUACCUCGUACAAUGGAUCCAACAUCCCCAUUACGCGACACACGUCGCGCCGUCAUCAUAGCCGCGAUAUGUCAGCGCGAUGAGCCUAAUCCCAUCUUAGAGAUUCUUCGCGAGAUUCCUCCCGACAAUCCAGGUCUGCAAUCUGACAUUGAUUUGGUAUUGGAUGACCAAGGGCAUACUGCUUUGCAUCUCGCUGCGAGUAUGGCCAGGCAACAAAUCGUGGAGGCUCUCAUCGCGCAUGGCGCUGACGUAUAUCGAGGGAACUACAACGGAGAAACUCCCCUCAUGCGCGCGAUACUAGCGACGCACAACGCUGACACGCAGUCUUUCCAUGUUCUUGUCUCACACCUACACGCAUCUAUUCGUACACUUGAUACCAGUCGCAAGACCGUGUUGCAUCACAUAGUCGCGUCUGCGGGCGUGAAGGGACGUGCGCUUGCUGCACGCUAUUAUCUUGACCAGAUAUUCUACUGGAUUGCCCAACAUCAAGGAGGCGAUUUCAGGAGUUUGGUAGAUUUGCAAGAUGAACAUGGGGAUACUGCGCUGAAUAUUGCUGCUAGGGUUGGCAAUCGAAGUUUGGUCAGGACAUUAUUGGACGUUGGUGCCAAUAGGAUACUACCGAAUAAAUUGGGGUUGAGGCCAGGUGACUUUGGUGUCGAGCCAGAGGAAUUCGGUGGUCCAAGAGCGGAAGACAUUCUGUCAUCAUUACGCGCUGGACCGUCAGCCCCUGCUCUCAAAAGUCAAGAUGUUCUCGCAGAUAUCGAGACUAUGAUCCACGGUCUCAGUACGGACUUUUCAGCUGAAAUCAAGACAAAGCAAGAAGCUCUGGACGUGACUCAAGCCCAUCUACGUGCAGCAACGCGUGAACUCUCAGAACAGCGCAAGCAGAUCCAGACCUGGCAAACCAAAUGCGGGGAACUCGACCUCGUCUGCCAACGGACACGCAAUCUUGAGAAAGCCCUGGUAGAAGAUGAUAACUUCGACUGGACAGGCCGUUCAGGAGGUUAUUUCUCUCUUCCUUCUGGUCAACCUGGUGCUGGGCCGUCUGGUGCCAAUGGUGUCGUGGACACUACGUUCCAGACGUCCAAAGAGCUAAGUAGUUCAAUGGACCUUUCGUUCAGUCUGGAUUCAGAUCCUCCGGUUCCGCUGUCUGAUUCUCCUGCAAGCUUGGUCAAGCUUCGGCGGAUGAAGAUGUGGCAUGAACGGAUGGAGAGACUUCUUGAAGAGAGGCUGAAAAACUUGCAAGGCGCUAGCGCGGAGAAGGAGUUCCAGUGUAAAAAGAUUAUUGCACUGUGUACUGGAGUGCCUAUAAGCGAGAUCGAGGGUUUACUCGAUAAUCUUGUUGUCGCGGUUGAGAGCGAGGCUUCUAUCAUAGAUAUUAGUCGUGUAUCAGGAUUCAUGCAAAAGGUUCGGAAUGGUAUCAUCUAGCGAUGCAGUUUUAUUCUCUGUCGGUGUUUCCCUUUUUCCUCAGGUCCCAUCAUGUUGCAUCUUCUACUUUUCUUACGCACUGUACAACUACUCAUGGCAUUUAUUCCUGAUGAUUGCAGUUGAACAAUGAUAAGUAUUCCUAUAGAUAUACUGUACAAUAGCACUCCGUCUCGUCGACUCAAUCCACCGUUGAGGCUGACACAUACACGCACAGACGC